UCCAACUCCCCAUAUAUUAUCAUUUCAUCUGUCCCCAAAGCUAUCGCUAAUGCCAUCGGCGAAAAUCCCCAUUUAAUCGGACCAGGACCCCGCAUCUUCUACCAUGAAGAUCUACGCAAGAUGAUUGUCAAACUGCCAUCGAGAGUGCUUCAGGUUGCGACACUUCUCUUUCAUGAUGCCAUCACAGAGAGCGCUGCUGCCAUGGGAAUCGCGAGACUCUUUGAUCCGAUUGGGAGUGCGACGUGCGAGGAUCGUCCGUAUAUGAAAGAGCCCGAUGCUUCGUAUAUACCUGUCAACCUUCAAGGGAGGAGUGAUAAAUGGCCAACGGUGGUGGUGGAGUCUGGAUUUUUGAAGACUAUUAGACGACUUCGUGUUGAUGCGGAAUGGUGGCUUGUCAGAUCAGCGGGCGAUGUGAAAGUUGUCAUCAUCAUUGCUGUUAAAAGAGAUGAACCAGAAAUUAUCAUUGAAAAUUGGAUUGCGGAUGGAAAUGGGCCAACUUGUCAACAGGAGAUUGUCAUAAGUCGUACUGGUCAGGUUAUAACUGUACUUGGAGCACCCUUGACUAUCACACACGAGGAACUACUCCUUCAACUCAAUCC